AUGCAAGAUUUUAAAGAUCUUGGUGACAAACAGGAAAUCGAUGUAUCUGAAAUGAUUUCAAAAUUGAAUGCGGAUCAAAGAAGAGUAUUUAAUAGAGUCACUGAUACUAUAUCAUUAGAUAAAGAAAUACUACGGUUAUACGUUAGCGGAGAAGGAGGUACUGGCAAAAGUUUUUUGAUUCAAACAUUUAAAUGUUGGAUAAAACAAAAUCUCAACAAAGAUACUGCUAUAACGGCACCUACUGGUAUUGCAGCAUUUAAUGUAAAUGGUUUGACAGCUCACAGAUUAUUCCAAUUACCCGUUGAACAUGGUCGUACUCCUAAAUAUAAACCAUUAUCUGAUCAUGUUUUGAAAUUUUUACGAACAGAUCUUAAAGAUGUUAGUUUCAUUGUAAUUGACGAAGUGUCAAUGAUAUCUAAUAUAUUUUUUAUGUAUAUAAACUUACGACUAUGUAAAAUAUACUACAAUACUACUGAUUGUGAUGAUGGUUGGUUUGGUCGAAAACACAUUCUUUUAUUUGGAGAUCUCCUUCAGUUACCUCCUGUACUUGAAGAUCCUGCUUUUAUGCACUUAAGAGAAGAAAAAAUUCGUAAAUAUCUUGGUUCUUUAAGUGCUACUAAUCUAUGGACUACUUCAUUUGAUUAUGAUGAAUUGACGAUUAAUAUGCGUCAGCAAGGAGACGGAUCUUAUCGUGAGUUACUUUCGAGAAUUCGCGUCGGUUUGUUAAUACCAUCUGAUUGCGAAAAUAUUCUUGAGAAAAGAAAAAUAUCUUUCAAAGGUGAGUCUUUUGAGACAAGAUUAAACGAAUUAUGUGAUUUCAUUAAUAAUUUCACAUCUAUCGUUUGUUUAUUACCUAACAAUCACAUGUGUGAUCAAUUAAAUGCUGCAAUGUUAAAUCGCAUUACUUCAAAAGAAAUAUUUUUAAUUGCUAAAGACACGAUUGAUUGUAUUUCAUAUACGAAAAAAAAAGUAGAAAAGGUAUUGUCAAAUAAUGAUGACGAUGAUACUAAAACAGCUGGACUGUCAAGACGAAUUACAAUUAAAAUUGGAGCGAAAGUUAUGAUAAGACGUAAUAUUGAUGCUAGUUUGGGACUUGUAAAUGGUACAAUUGCUACAGUUAUAUCAGUUUCACAGGAUAAAACUACUGAUUACAUAGAAAAGAUAAAAGUUCGUUUACCGUCUGGUUUAGAGUAUUUCAUUGAAAGAGUGAGUGUUAAGUUUCCAGUGAUGGAUAGAGUAUAUGUUAGAAAACAAUUUCCAUUAUCUUUGAGUUAUGGUAUUACUAUUCAUAAAAGUCAAGGAUUGCAAAAUGCUGUUAUGGAUCUAGGUAACAAUGUAUUUAGUUGUGGUCAGGUUUAUGUUGCAUUAUAUCGAGUAACAUCUCUUGAUGAACUACAUUUAAUUAAUUUUGAUCCUUCGUCCGUGUUUGCUAGUGAAAUCGCAAUUAUAGAAUAUAAUCGAUUGAAAAGAAUAGGUAAACCAGAAUCAGAAAUAAUCGCUAUUUCGAAACAACGUUAUCGUAAAGUUAAAGAUGUUUCGUGGACAUUGUCAAAAAUAAUUACUUCCGUUCAAGAAUCAGGUCAAAAAGAAGCUCCAAUAAAAAGAACUGCUUGGAUUAUACGCGGUUUUCAAAAUAUAGACAAAGAUGAACUUUGGGAAAAAUUAUCUUCUUCUUUAAACACAUCAGCAUAUGGACCACGCAAGUCAGCAAAAGAAUGGGCUAAGACAUGGAGAGACUGGAAAGCUAAUACCUUAAAAAAGGUUGCAAAGCACAAGAUCUACAUGAUGGGAACAGGUGGAGGAUCACCAAAAGAUUUGCAGUUAUCUGGAUCAGAGAAUGCCUUAUUGAAUUUUUUAACUCCAGACGCUAGUGGUUUAAGAGAUAUUUCAGAAGGUGGAUUUACAGAUGUGACUCCAAGUUAUGAUGAAACUUCGAAUUCAUUUGCUAUCAUCUAA